AACUCGGAAUCGCGUUUGUUGAAUUGCACACACAGGAACUUGACUAGAUGGUGAUCGUCGCACGCCUUUCUCACCGGGCUCUUGCGCACAGGAAUGCGACAAGGGAGGAUCAUUCCUGGCCACCUGUUUUCCACCAGUGUUUCUCUUGCAAGCCGCCAGCCCAUUUAGAUGGUUGAUGUGGCGUGCAGGUACAAGAGCUGCAAGUCCCGAGUCGGGGUAGCCGGCAUCCCGAAUCGAGGAAGACCCCGUCGUCUCCAGGUUUCCUUUGUUGCGGGGAUCGCGGGGAAAACAAACACACCAACAACCUCUUGUCAUGCGCACGACAGGAUGACUAGACAGAAAAGCUUCAUCCUAGGUAUUCGCAAUGUCAAGAAACUAGGAACCCGCUUUUCCGAUGCUGCUCUGUUGCUGGAGGGUAGUCCCGCUCUGGUGUUCUUCACGGCCGUAGUCGCCCGCUCUUUUUACGUUGCUUUGCGCGAGCGAUAAGACCAGCAUCCUGUGGCAGAAAUCGCAGCUGUGCCAGACACACACAGCUACAGCCAACGGCGUAACUGGCGCAUCACUACUUUCCACCUUCACCGCAACAUCGCAACGUGUGCUCUCUGGGCAUUCUCAACG